CGCAGACCGCGACCACAACAACCACAGACCCGCAGUCGCCAAAAUGAAGACUCAGUGGAAGGACAUCCCCGCCGUGCCGACGAGCCAGGAGUUCCUGGACAUUGUGCUCUCCAGGACGCAGAGGAGGCUGCCUACGCAAAUCCGUGCGGGAUUCAAGAUUAGCAGAAUCCGAGCCUUCUACACACGAAAAGUCAAGUACACGUCCGAGACCUUCGUCGAGCGCCUCUCCACCACCAUCGAGGCAUUCCCGCGCCUGCAGGACAUCCACCCAUUCCACCGCGAUCUCCUCAACACCCUCUACGAUGCGGACCACUUCCGCAUCGCCCUGGGUCAGCUUUCGACUGCCAAGUCGCUGAUCGAGACGGUUGCGCGCGACUAUGUUCGCCUUCUCAAAUACGGACAGUCGCUCUUCCAGUGCAAGCAGUUGAAGCGGGCUGCGCUCGGUCGCAUGGCAACCAUUUGCAAGCGAUUGAAGGAUCCUCUUGUCUACCUCGAGCAGGUCAGGCAGCAUCUGGGCCGUCUUCCGUCCAUCGACCCCAACACCCGCACCCUCGUCAUCUCUGGAUUUCCCAAUGUGGGCAAGUCUUCGUUUCUCAAGUCCAUUUCCAGGGCCGAUGUCGAGGUCCAGCCAUAUGCUUUCACCACCAAGAGCUUGUACGUUGGUCACUUCGACUACAAGAUGCUUCGCUUCCAGGCAGUGGACACGCCUGGUAUCUUGGACCACGCGCUCGAGGAAAUGAACACUAUUGAGCACCAGUCCAUCUGCGCCAUUGCCCAUCUCCGCGCCCACAUCCUCUACUUUAUGGAUCUCAGUGAGCAGUGCGGUUACUCUGUUGCCUCGCAAAUCGCCCUCUUCAACAACAUCAAGCCUCUGUUCGCGAACAAGCUGAUCACUAUUGUGAUCAACAAGAUCGAUCUCAUGCGUCCUGACCAGCUUGAUGCCGAAACACAAGCUCAGCUGCAGAGCAUGCGCAAGUCUGGCGAGGUAGAGAUGCUGGAGCUUUCUUGCAGCACAACCGAAGGCGUCAUGGCUGUGCGAAACGCAGUCUGCGAUCGCUUGAUUGCUGCCCGUAACGCAGAGAAGCUCAAGGCCGGUACCAACAGCGCCGGCGAGCCAUCUGGCCGUCUGGGUGAAUUGCUACGUCGUAUUCACGUUGCUCAGCCGUUGGGCGGCGUGACGCGCGAGACUUCUAUCCCAGAAGCAGCAUUGAACAAGAAGAAGUACGACAAAAACGACCCUGACAGGCCAAUGCUCGAGCGUGAUCUGGAAGAGGAGAACGGUGGAGCUGGUGUGUACAACAUUGACCUCCGCAAGAACUAUCUCCUCGAAAACGAUGAAUGGAAACACGACCGUAUUCCAGAAGUGUUCAAGGGCCAGAACGUCUACGACUUCAUUGACCCUGAUAUUGAGGCUAAACUUGCCGCGCUUGAGGCUGAGGAAGAGAAGUUGGAGGGCGAAGGAUUCUAUGACUCUGACGACGAUCUCGAGGAUGCAGAGGAGGCGGACAUUCGGUACAAGGCAGAGCUGAUCCGCGAGAAGAGGCAACUCAUCCGAAACGAAGCCAAAAUGCGUAAGAGCCUGAAGAACAGGGCUGUCAUCCCCAGGACGAAGAAGGCGAAGCAAAUGUCACAGAUGGAGUCGCACCUCGAGAGCCUCGGAUACGACACUACAAAGGUUGUCGAGCGUGCAACGGCUCAAGCAGAAGCACGAGGACGCAGCUUGGCUCGCGGCAGGUCAGAAGGACCCAACGGCGACGUCAUGGACAUUGACACACCCAAGUCGGCCCUUGAACGUGCAAAGAGCCGUGGUCGCAGCCAAAGCACAAACCGAAGAAACGAUGGUGUUACGGAUGCGGAGGCCGCCUCCAAGGCUGAGAAGCUGGCCAAGUUGUCGCAGAAGAAGAUGAACAGGAUGGCCAGACAGGGUGAAGCCGAUAGGCACCAGACUGGCUCUCUAAUCAAGCACCUGACUGCCGGCAAGCGUGGUAUCGGAAAGACCAGCCACAGGUGAGCAACUUGCAGUGUUCAGCGUUGUUGCAUUAUGUUUUGCAGGCUGGGAAAAACAUGGCGGCGUUCAGGAUGCAUUAGAUACCAAGUCGUUGUCUGCAAAAGCAGCGUGGUAAUCCUACAAUUUCUUGUCGAAUUAGAGCAUCCAUACAUGAUUGUGGUAUACAGAAAGUGUUGGUCG